GUAGCUUGGCCUCCCUUAGAAGUAGAACUAGUAGAGAAGUAGGAGUAAACAGAAAGAUCAUGCUUACAGCACAUAGGAAGCAAAUGGAGAGACUGAUUUUCACAGAUCAUGUUUCUGAGACAUUACCAAAGAUUCAUGUCAAUGAUAUAGUUCUCUAGAGAAACUCAGAAAAGCAAAGGAAAAUUUCCCUUGAGGACAAGGUCCAAGUCUACUGCUUUCUUUGAAAUAUCAAAGUACUCAUCUGCAGAUGUACUAACUCAAUAGGUACUCAGUAAAUGUUAAUUGGGUGAAUAAAUGAGCCAAAGAAAGGUACCUGCACAACUGGAAAGUCGUGCUGGGACUCAGCUACAGAAAGUUCAGAGGCAGCAAGUAAAACCCUUCAUGACCCUUGACUACCAGAUUGUCAACCAGACUCUUAAAAGGUCACACCCUUCGACACCAAGCAGUGCACUUUUGGUACAGCAUGGACAUCUGUCCAAGAGUGAUACUCCCUUCACUGGAAAUCCACUCACCAAGUUGCUAACUCUUGGUAAAGAAGAUGACAAUACAGAAUGGCAUCUAUCUGGAAGUAUUUUGGAUGUAUAUAGUGGUGAGCAGGGAAUUUCACCUGUUAACAUGGGCCUUACAAGUGCUUCUUGUCCAAGUAGUCUACCAAUGAAAAGAGAAAUUACAGAAACUGAUACUCGAGCUUUGGCAAAAGAAAGACAAAAAAAGGACAACCACAAUCUCAUUGAAAGAAGAAGAAGAUAUAAUAUUAAUUACCGAAUCAAGGAGCUUGGCACUCUUAUUCCAAAGUCUAAUGAUCCUGAUAUGCGCUGGAACAAAGGAACCAUUCUAAAAGCAUCAGUGGAGUACAUCAAGUGGCUACAAAAAGAACAACAGAGAGCUCGAGAAUUAGAACACAGGCAGAAGAAAUUAGAGCAGGCUAACAGGCGGCUUCUACUCCGGAUUCAGGAACUAGAAUUACAGGCUCGUGCUCAUGGUCUGCCAAUCCUGGCUUCACUUGGCACAGUUGAUUUAGGUGCUCAUGUCACCAAACAACAGAGCCAUCUUGAGCAAAAUUCAGUAGACUGUUGCCAACAAUUGACUCUGUCUCAGGGGACAAGCCCUGAGCUCUGUGAUCAAGCUAUGGCCUUCUCUGAUCCUUUGUCACACUUCACAGACUUAUCAUUUAGUGCAGCUUUGAAAGAGGAACAACGAUUGGAUGAUAUGCUACUGGAUGACACAAUAUCUCCGUUUGGAACAGAUCCUCUGCUAUCUGCCACUUCCCCCGCAGUUUCCAAAGAGAGCAGUAGGAGAAGUAGUUUUAGUUCAGAUGAUGGUGAUGAAUUAUAAAAAAUAAACAGGCUCAAUUCAUCAACUGGAAAGAAGUUCUAUGCUGGUGCUAUGCAUUUAAGUUCUUUGUUUCACAUACUACUGAAAGGAAUAUAUUGUUCAUGAAAAACUGAUUAGAAACAACAGAAUUAACAGGAAGAAGAAACAUGGUAUUGAGAGCUAAAAAAGAUUUUUUUCCUCUUUGACUACUGAGUCCAAAUCUACUUCAAUUUUGUUUUCCUGGAAAGAGACACAACGUAAAAAAUAGCUCUCUACUGAUGUUUUAAAGUAGUGACUUUGUGAUGUGCUAUUGGAACUAACAGACUGCAGAGAAUAAAUCUUCUGAAAUAUAAAUUUUUUUUCUUACUUCCAUCUCCUUCCUAUUCAAGUCUGACAACAUUAAUUUUCAAGAAUCAAGAUCAACAGAUCGGGCAGUUCAUCACCCUUCUCCAUUGUCUUUUGGACAUGUUGUCUAAAGUUCAAGCCUUAUAGGGGAAAUAAUUAAAAGAUAGAUUAUCUGUAACUUGCAAUUGAAAAGUGAAUCUAUAAUAGAAAUUAAAAUUUUCCACAAUAAAAUACAGAAAAUCUAAAAACUUUGGAUUCUAAAAUUAGACCUAAAUUCCUUUCGUCAGUUCAAUUGCACUAAUUUUAAAAGCAUCUUUGCAUAUCUGUGGAGACAUGCUCAGUUCAGAAAAGGAACACAUUGAAUAUUUUCCUCAAGAAUAUUCCCUAGAAUUUUAUCACUUCACAUAAACAUAUUUCCUUCCCCACAGGUAUACAAUGCUGAUAGUAUGUGUUCUUUUUAUUUCAGUUUUCUGCUUUUCUAAGUAGCAUCUAAAAUCACAUUCCAAAUCCUUUUUUCUUCAUCAAGAUGAGAUAUUGGAUAAUUAGUUUCAGCAAAUAAAAUAUCAAAAGUCCCCCUACUAAGACAAGUUGUCAAUUUGUUAAAAAAAAAAACAGCAUUAUUUCCAAAAUUGAAUGUAAAAUAAUUAGUUCAUACAGUUUUGCUACAAAUUGACAAAAUUGAAAAUUGGGUUGCCAACUGAUAAAAUAAUUGGUAAAACAGAAAAUCUUGCUUAUUGUAUUCAGUUCUGAGUGGAGGGUAAAGUUGUAUUCCUAUAAGUGCUUAGAAUACAAUCUUUGUUAGCUUUAUUAGCAUUUAUUAAGAAUAUGUAUAUCUAUAGGCCUUCACUCAAAUUUUCUUCUCUUGAGCUUCUUUGAAGCACUGGGAAUUGACUUAGCAAGCAUGUUGCUCUGUGCCGGACCUGCCUGAAUGACCAUCUGAUCAAUGAGUAUUUAUGGAGGCAUACUCAAAACUGCAAUGAAUUCUGUGAAAAUGUAGAACAGAUGAGAAAGAUAUGGUCUUACUCCUCAGGGAGUUAACAGUACUGCAUUGGAAACCACAGCAAAAUGUAGAAGACAUUUAAAAUUAAAGUCUACAUUGUACAGCAUAAACUGCAAAUACAGAAGGUCAGAGAAAAUAAAAAUGAAUGAAGGUUUAAGAAUCACAAAAGCAUGUGGGUACAGCAGAAUCUAACUUCUUUUAAAAGUAUACAUUUGGUGAAGGGGAGGCUGAAUAGGGGAAUAUCAACCAAAUGAUAAAAGUGAGAAUAAGUUGGGAAGUGCCUUCGUGAGACAUAACAGUAGAAAGAUCUGUCUACACUAGAAGAUGCCUGUUGGGAACCGUGGAAAAUAUUAGUAGCAAGUUGUGGAAGCCUUUGAAAACUAAGAUAAAAUGACAUAAUAGAAAUAGACUUUAUUUUCUAGAAGGGAGAAGCCUAAAAAUUAAAAUGCUACUUUAUAUUACUAAUGUAAUUGAGAUAAAAUCUUUCAUGAAUAUUAACUUUGGGAUUAAAAAAUAUAAAUUCACAAGCAAAUUAUUUUAACAUCUAAGGAUCAAGAGAGAUGCUUGGAAAAAUUGAUGGAUGCCCAGAAUAUUUUUGCAGAAAUAAGACUAAACAGUAAAUGAGAAAUAUUGUUUACCAAAUAAUUUUGUCACAACAUCAGCUAUCACUGGAAUAUUAAUACACAAUUAACCAAGCCUUGUUCAUUCAAAGAAUUAAUGCAUAAUUGCAAUCACAAAAAAUUUUAUUAAAAAUGAGAUAAUUUUAUUUUUAGUAUUUUUAGUUAUCUUUUCAUGAUAAGGUCCCAUCUGAUCUUUUUUCUCUACUUUUUAUAAAAUACUGGCUUCCUUAUCAUGGAUUCACAUUAAAAACCUUUCCAACUUCCAGUGAUCUUAAAAUAACGAAGACCUCUUAUGAGUUGAUGUAACUUUUCUUACUUUAUUUUUUCCUUUUAGUAUCCUUUUUUCUUGAAUCUUCUCCAUAACUGAGAAUAUAUAUACAUAUCAUAUUUCCUUAGUUAUAGAUGUGAUGUCAGUGACUAUAGCUUUCUUUAUGUGGGUGCAAAACUCUAAAUAAUAAAGAGCCAGAUGAGCCAGGGACACCGAAAAAUAAACUUCCUUCUUUUUUUAACUCAUUCUUUUCUACUCACAUGACUGUACAUAAAAUAUUUAUUAGCUCUUACUUAAAAAAAAAUAGACACAAUGAGUUUCUUGACUUAGUAUGCUCAUUUAACUUUCUGUUAAGGAAGAAGUUAGAUUUCACAGGUAAAAAAGAAUUUAUUUUUUCCUUGGUUUGAUUGAGUCAUAUUGGAAUUUUCUUAAACUUCAAGAUAUCACAAAAGUAUUUUUUGCUUUUCUGGUAUUGUGGAAUUUUGAUAUUUAAAUAAAUAAAGGUAUAACUAAAUGUUUCAAUGUUUUAAUAAUAUCUCUAAGCUGAAUUUAGUGACUUGAUCAUGUCUAAGAUGUAUAUGAAAACUAGAAUCAAUUAAUCAUUUUUCUGAGUUAUCAGCAUUAGAUCAACCAACUAGGUUUCUCAAAAAUACCUGAAGGAUUGAAUUUUGCUUCAACGUUGUUAAUGGCACAACCUAUAAUUGCCUCAUGGAGUUACAUAUUUGCCCUUCCCGUGCCCUGUUUAUUGAUAAGAACAAGAUGUCAAUUUGAGUUAGUGUUAAGUUACAUAUACAGAGAUUUCAUUAAUAAAUGAAUACUUAAUAAUUUACUUAAUAAAUACUUAACACAUUUAGAGUGUUGCUGAUCUAAUGUGUCUAUGACAUUCCUGUAAUCAUUAUAUUGCAUAUACCAAUAUUUUAUCAUUUAUAUGAUUCAUAACUUGUAAAGUAUUCAAAAUCUGAUAAAAUAGCUCUCAAAAUUUUCCUGUGCUUUUUUUUUUCUGUGAGAUUCAUAGAGAAUUUGACUAUAUAGGGUUUUAUCAGACAAUAUUUUGAUUAAAAAACACACUGGAUUCAAUCAAUUUAAAAAUGAAAUACUAUCUGCUGCUUUAUACAUAAAAGGGAAUGUUUUAUCUUUUUCUUAUAAAUUGAUUUGUUUAUGUAUUUCUACAUAUUAAAGUGAUUUCUAUUGUAUUUUAUACCGAUUAAAUUUUCAGUAAAAUAUAUUUUUUCUACAUUUAUCCAACGGGCUUCAAGAAUAAAGUUAAAGACUUUUGUGUUUGCAAUUCUAUCUCUGCUAUUCCUGCACCACCAUUUUAUUUAAAAAAUUCUGUAUUUUCAACUGCCUUCUCCACAGAAAUAAACUUUAUUGAUAUUUUAUUUAAAGCUGAUGGCUAUAUAUAACAAACAAAAUAGAAAAUAUGCAAAAUAUGUUGAAAGAAUUAUGUGCAAUCAAGAAGUUAUAUAUUAUAGUAUUCUUUAAUAUGUGGUUACUGAAGUUUAAAAGCUAACUAAAUCCAAAGAUUUUACCUAAUAGCAUUGCAGUUGCUUAUGGCAUACAAGUCUAAAAUUAAUUCAGCUAUUUAAUCUUAAUAAUAACAAUGUAGUUAAAAAUCUUUGACUUUAGUAGUAUUUUAUAUAUAUGAAUAGCUGAAGUAAUAUUCCUAUAAUUUUAAUCUAACAUUGGUUAGAUCAAGAAAACAUUGUUAAUGUAAUAAGACUGUAGAAUUUAUAACUACCACUAUUUUUCAUUUUUAAUAACAAAGCAAUGCGUCUUAUUUUCUAAGAAAAUAGAGAGCUUUGGUGUUCUCUAAUACAUAUAUGAAUCUUUGUACGCAUACUUUUUAAAAUGUACCAAUAUUUUCUUUACAUAUAUAUAUAUAUAAUGAAAACAUAGAAUUAUUAAAUGCUUUAAUAUACUUUUUGUUCUCCCUUUGUAUAUAGACUACACUGGAAAAUACAGAAUGUGGGUUAAUCAUCUGGAAGGAUACUUAACAGCCAGGAGGCUUCAGAACUGACAACUUCUUACUUCAUAGUCCAUGCUGAAAACAGUGAUCCAAUAAUUUCCUUAUUAAUGAAAAUAAUGGUUACAGUUUUAAAUAUAGUCUCCUGCCAUAUGGUUCUUCAUGCUGUUAUGGUUUUGAUUUAUGGAAAAUAUUUAUCAAAAUAUUGCAAAAUUGCUAACAGGCAUAAUUGUAGCAAUGAAAUCUCUAAGAAACUGCAAAAUCUCUUAAUAUACUAGAUAGUCCCCAGACAAUCUAGGAUAAAUGGAAAACUGUAUUUUAAUAUGUAAAACAUUUUAAAGCUGCUAAUUUGUAUUGACUAGGCCUGUCCCUUGAUAACGAAAUUAAUAAGAACUUAGUUAAAUGUUAAGACUUUCUAAUACUUAAUACCGUGUUUAUGGAAAUGUUUUUCUAUAUACCUGCUUCAAAAAUAAUAGAACAGGAUGGCUCUGAGUUGAGUGUAAAAGAUGUAAUUCUGUGUUCAAAUUUAGGUUCACUUCUUUUUAAAAAAGUGUUAUAUCAGAUAAAUAUUUUUCUUAAUGCAUCAUCAGUGCCAAAGAAUAGGUCAAUAUAAUAAUUUCUGUGUAGAGAGGAAUAACUAAUCUAAUAAAUAAAGAUGUCCUAUGUUUUAUAUUCUACCAAUGGUUAGCAGAGAGAAGGUUUCCUUAGUUCCCAUUCCUAAGGAACUCAUUGGUGGAAGAGAGGAACCAAUAUACCCACAAUUAGACAUAGGAUCACAUGGGAGGCCUGAGUAACCCAGACCUGUGGGGGUCUAGAGAGGCUUCUUGAAGAAAGUGGCUUCUUCCCAGAGUACAUGGUGAGACCACUAUGCCAAGUCAUGAAAUUCAGGCAUGGAGAAGUUAAAUAACUUGACUGAAGUCCCACAACUAGUAAGGAUGGAAACUCAGAAAAGAAACUUGAAAAUACAUAAUUUCAAGCUUCAGAAUGGAUAUAUGUCAACAAAAACCAGUCCAUUUGUUGGAAAAUUAAGUCCAUCAUAACUGCAGUUUUCUUGUAAAGAGCAAUAACAGGAGACAUGUAACAGGAUGGAAAUUAGACCCCUGGACUCAAGUCGUCAGCUUUCUCAGUAUUCCAAAGCAUAAGCAGAACCUUCAUUUUGUUUUAAUCACUUGACUGUAUUGAUACUUAAUAACUCAUAUGAUACUUAAAAUUCAGAGAGACAACGGUGGAGAAAAGAUCUUUCAACGUAAGCUUCAUUGAUUGUCUCACUUCUGUGUUGUUUAUAAAUUUUGGCUCAAACCUCCUCACUAGUUCUAUAUGUUAAUAGAUGAAAUUCCCUCUUUCUUCAGUUAAUGUAAUACAGAUCUAAUCCUUAUGCAAUGAUUCUAGCCUAGGCUUCUUUCCAGUCCUCUGGAGUUAUUUAUAUGCAAUUUUCAAACAGAAAUGAUCUUUCCUAUAUGCACUAAUAAUAUUUACAUUUUUAAAUGGAACACAGACUCAGAGUUGAGGUAAAAGGUUAUGAGGUCAAAGAAACACAGAGAUUAGAUCUUUAACCAGGGCAGACUGUUACAUAUUGAAAAUAGCAAUAUCAUAUUUUUGCAAAUUUCAUGCUCUUGUUGGAGACAUAGAUGCCUAAUUGUAGAAGAAUUUCUUUUUAAAAAGAACAACUGUGUUCACUAAUAACUAUUUAAGUAGCCCAGAUGAAGGUCAUGUCUAUUAGGAUAAAAAUAUUUCUGAACAAUUCCAAACAAUGAAGUCCAAAACAUUGCAUGAAAAGGGAUGGAAAUAAUGGAAUAAUAUUAGUGAUAUUGAAUAAUAAUGGAAUAAUAAUGGAAUACAAUCAGUGAUAGUAAAACAAAUAUAAAAUCAUAGCUAACAGACCUAUUUUUUCAAGGAGUGAAUUUUCUAUUUGCAAGAAAGCUAAAUAUUGAAAGAUUAUUUUUAUAGUGCUGUAUACAACUCUUGAUGAAUUAAAAUUCUCUAAAAACCCAAACAUCAUGGAAUGAAUAUAGAACCAAAGCAAGGUAUGAAAGUAAAAAGCAGGGUAACUGAAAAAUGCCCUCACUUCUCUCUGGUUCUCUGUACUCAUUCCUCCAAAAAAUGGGCUUCAGGAAGAGCAGUCUAUUGAGCUCCCAUUAGCUUGCAUAGGUUUUAUUUUUUGCCUUUUCACAUUAGAAUAAGGUUCUUGGUGGAAUGGCUGACACUAUGCUCUCUACUGUAUGAAGUUAGGUCUUUCGUAGCUAUGAUAAAUAGCUCCUUCGUGUCUAACAGAAAGUUUGCUGUAGUUUAUCUCAAGUGGUGGAGGUUUAUAGUAUGAAUAUGGAGCAUUUUGAGACAUAAUAUUCCUUUCUUUUAUACACUGAUUCUAGUUGCUGGGUAUCAUGCCUAGUUAUCCAAAAAUAAAAUAUUUAUAAGUUAUUCUUAGAAGAUGUGACAGCUCCCACAUUCAACCUCUAAAUUUGAAGAAUAUUGGCUUACCAAUACAUGUGCUAGAUCAGAGGUCAGCAAAUCUUUUCUUUAAAUGGCCGACAAUAAAUAUUUUAGAGUUUGGGGGCUUUACGUUUUCUAUUGCAGCUACUCAUUUCUGCCCUUAUAAGGGGAAUGCAGCCACAAAAAAGCUAUAGACAAUAUGCAAAUGCAUGGCAUGCCUGUGUUCCAAUAAAACUGUAUUUACAAAACCAGGUAACAAGCCUGUGGAACCUAGUUUGCCACCCCUAGUCCUAGAUAACUCUGUUUUUAUGUAAUGAAGUAAUAGCUAAUAGUAACAGCUUUUAUCUUUUUUACUAAAAUGGUAAAUAAGGGUGCAUUAUUUUGUUUUUUACUUCUCUAAAGUAAGUACAUGAUACAUAACCCCAUACCUUUUUAUGCAUGUGUGUUGCUUAUAUGUGUAAACCAUAAAUUAUAUUUAAACUGUUAAGAUUUUUUUCAGAAUCAGAAGAAAUAUUUCAUAAAUGUAUACUUUUAAUCAUAACUAUUUCAAGGAACCCCCAUCUGCAUCUCUUAUUUUUAUUGAAUUUAUAUGAAUAAUGAGCACAAAGGGAAUGGCAAAAAUUUAUUUUUUAACCUUAAAAGGAAUGGCCCAGGAUGAAUAUAGUAACUCAUCUCAAAACCAGCCAUAACAUGAAAAAGAAAACAAAAGUUAUAAAUUAGACCUACUUUGGUCAGUAACCAUCAAAUACAACCUAACAACAUACCAGUUAAAGCAGUCAGAGAUAUGGGCAAAAGAGUAAUGAAGAAUAUAUACCUUUUCAAAAUGAGGCUAGUCCAAUCCCAUACAUCUAGCAUAUGAAUAAAUUCCAUUUGAAACCCUCAAUAGAAGUACUGUAUUUUAAAGAACAAAAGAGGCAGCUUCAGGCUAUUUUUCAUAAUUUUUCUAAUUCAUUGUUUUAAUGGAAUAGGAGAGUUUUGUGGGACUGAAAGGAAAAAAAAAAAAAAAAAGAAGCCCUCUCUGAUGAGCUCUGAAUUUGCAAAUAGUAACUGCCACCUGAAUAAAGUACAGUACUUUGAAUGAUGGUGAUAUUGUCAAUGAUGCAUUUUAAAUCAAUGUAGCUCUAAAAGAAGGUAAGAUCUUUUCAUUUCACAUUACUGUAUUUACCAUUUUUUUCUGGUCUUUUCUUAGGUAAUAAGGAAUAAAGGAACUUAUCUUAGAAAAAAGUGACAAUGAAGGAAGAAAUCCUGACCUUCAGUUUUAUUAAUAAUAAUAAUUAUUAUAUUAUUAUCAUAUUAUUUAUCUAUAAAAAAUAUUUGACAAGAAAUUGUAGUUCUCCUGUGAAGAUCAAGAAACAUCCUGAUUUACAGCUAUAAAUAAUACUUCUGAAAUUGUAGCAAUCCAUUAAAGGAAAAAGUAAGAGCAAGGUGUUCCCAAGCACUGUUCCUUUCACAGAUACACAGUCCUUAGAAAUUUCAAAAAGAGCUACUUAUUUGCAAGUGUAUAAUUUCUGAAUUUUGAGAACUAUAUUCUAGAGGAUCGUUUUUCGCAGCCCGAAGAAUGAGCUGAAUCCAAUGAAGGAAAGCAAAGGUUAACUGAGUUAUCCAGUAGCAUCUUCUGUCAGGAAAGAAAAAAAGAUAAAAGCCUCUAGACUUCAUGGGGAAAGAUGACUAUACCACACGAGUUCUAAGCCACAUGAUCAGGACAAGUGAGUUACAAUACAGAAAAAGACUAAGGUAAGACAAGUAGAGCAUCUUUGUGUCAGUAAAGGGUGUACUAACAAGAAAAAUCUGAGCUCGAAUUAUGAGGCUCAAGAGAAAAAGCAGUGGGUUUUUUUGAUGGUGGGAAGAGUGUGGCAAGUGUCUUUUUCACUGAAAGGUUAGUUUUGGCCCUUACACCUCUUAGUGUUGCUUCAGCUGUACAAUGUCUUUGUCAAACCUAGGCUCUUCAUUCUAAUAAUUAAAAGAGACCAGAAAGCAUUGCUUAUCCUGGAUUCACUCACUUCUCUGUUAUAAACAUAGAGAAAUAAGCCUUUUGGGAGAGCUCAGUAUGUUUUCUGAUGAACUAGAAACCACAGUGGGAUUUCAACACUCAAUUUUAGCCCUAGGUUAAGUCAGGGAAUGUAGUGUCUCAAAAUUAGAAUAAAAUAAAGAACUCAUUAAAGACAUGUUAUAACCAUGAGCAUUGAGUCUUGGAUAAGACUUUGAAAGAAAGUGAUAAUAAAUUACACUUCCACUGUAUCAAGAAAUAUGUGAUGAUUUCUGCCUGAGACACUAUCAUGUAAGUAAACCUGGUGACUAUCUAUGUAUAAAAAUCAGCGAUCACAUUUAUUUAUUUGUUUAUUUAUUUGCAUCAAAACUAGAAAGUCUGUUUCAUUACUAGAAAUUAUUUUAUAUUCCUGGUAGCUGCAACAGCAUGGGCCUUGAAGAUACUAGAGACUCAUUCUUAUUAAGACAUUAGCUGAUACAUUUAGAAAAUUUUUUAGCUGCAAAAAUAACAGGAGGCCAACUGCUUAACAAUAAAAAACAAUUGAAAAGAACACUAAACAUGUAUUAUUUCUCUGUAAUCUCAAAAUUUAUAGGUUGUAGAUGAUGGAAAUCAACUCUAGCUGAUUUAAGAAAAAAUUUUCGAAUAGAUGGCUCCCAAAAUCUCUGCACCGAUCCGAGAAACAGGUGCAGAGGUUUGCAGCCAAGGAUGAAACUAAAAUCAUCUUGCAAACCUUGUCCCAUGAAAACACCACUGUUGAGACCCUUGGGCAUGGACAGACCAGCUUUCACCACUGGCACUACCAAAGCAGAACCUGAGACAUUGGUGUUGGCAAUGCUGCCCAGCUGCCUCUGGAAAGUGGACAUAGCUACUGCUGGUGGACUACCCUCACUUGAAGUGUUUCCUCCUGGUCCAUGCUCUUUCAUAUCACAAGCUCCUGUUAAGAUAGGGCAGAGUCUAGUUUGCGAGAAAAAAUGGGAAAGUGGCAACUUUGGUUUUAUAAUGUAAGGUUGACUUUACGUAAUAGUGAGGAGGCAUCCUAGCACAGAAAGAGGAUUGGAUUGUUGGAUAGUCAAAAAGAAAGACAAAUGUCCAUUGCUCCCACAGAAUCAGAAGUCCAGUUAUUGAGUUCUAGAUUGAUGAUUUAUUAGCUCUGUGCUGUAAGAACCUAGAUUUUUCCUGUCUCUUCCCUCUGCAGUCCUCAGUAAGUUGACCUUUGGUUUUUGCUUUUUUUUUUUCUUUUCUUUUCAAGUUGUAUUUCUUCAUUUGCUUAUGUUUCCUAAGGCAGCUGCAGAAUUUCUAAAUCAGUAUGUAUUCCAGGCUCAGAGAAUAGUGCCAGGAAGAAAACUGUCUGGGCUUAAAGGUAUGAAGUUUUCUAGAUGGGUUGCAUCAAGAGAGACAUUUGAUAUACUUGAAAGACAUUCACUUAAAAGUGCCAGCCCUGGGAGUGAGCGAGAGAGAUGUAAAAUCUCCAAAGAUAAAAUUGUGUUUCUUUUAUUACUGUUUGAGCCCCAGGGGAACAAUAACAAGAAAUCUGCAGAAGCCCUGAGGACUACUUAUUGAUAUGAAGGAAUUCUUGAAGAGGGUUCUCACCAAAAGGAAGGUGGAGAAAGGGAUCAAUGAUUUCAUGAUCUAUUAUUGCUACGUUUACAAUUAUCCUAAAGGGCUCCAACAUGUACCCCACCAAAAUGAUCCAAACCCAUUACUAACAUACCAAUAUUAUAACUUUAUCCUUUUGGUCUUAAAAAAAUAUUCUAUUAAAGCAUAAAGAAAGGGUCUUAGUUAAAAUUCUUUCAGUUGUAAGUGAAAAAAACUUAAUCCAAUUGGCUUAAGAAAAAGAAGAACUUAAUGUAUCAUAUCAUGGAAACGUCUAUAGGAGAACUGACUAAGCUUGAGGCAGGAGCUCAAAUGAUGCCAUCAGGACCCUCUUCAUCUAUUUCUACUUCUGUCUUUAUGCCAGUGCCAGUAAUGACAGUGAUGGUUACACAUGGUAUAGCAGCUCCAGAUUUUACAUCCUCACAACUUCAAGGCCAAUGAAAGAAAGAAAGAAAGAAAGAAAGAAAGAAAGAAAGAAAGAAAGAAAGAAAGAAAGAAAGAAAGAAAGAAAGGAAGAAAGAAAGAAAGGAAGAAAGAAAGAAAGAAAGAAAGAAAGAGAAAGAAAGAAAGAAAGAAAGAAAGAAAAAGAAAGAAAGAAAGAAAGAAAGAAAGAAAGAAAGAAAGAAAGAAAGAAAGAAAACCAAAACUCUGAUUUGUUUCCAGAUAUUUCAGCAAUAUCUCAUUGACUGUGAUUAGCUCACAUACCCAUCCCUAAACCUUUCACUGUCCUGGGAAAUUAUAUGCUGUGACACAUCACAAAGUCAUCCCUGGAGUCUGGAAGGUGGUCAGCCCAACUGAAGAAGCCUGGAAGCUAAAACAGAGUGAGAUAAUACUCUCUCAGAAAGAAGUCUGGCCAAGGUUUUUUUUUUUUUUUGUGAAUAAAUUUUGGGGGCAAAAAUAAACCGAUGUCCCCAGCACUUUAUCAAAAAUUAUCUGAACUCUGAAAGGCAAAGAUUAGAAAGAAAGUAGAUAUUUAGGGGAGAAGAGAGUCAAGAAGGAAGAGGUGGAUGGUGGAUGGGGGUGGUUAAGAAUAUCAAAGAAACUGACUUACAAAUUGACCCUCAUGGUAAGCAGUGAAAGGAAAGAGCCCCCGGACUUUUCUGUAGGAUUCUAAAUCUACAGACAUAAGAAACUGUUUUAAUGAUAGGUGUGAAACUAUUUUUCUUUAAAUCUAAAGUUUGGAAUAGUUUCUGAAAUUUGGGGGGAUUUAUUUAUUUAUAUUUGUUAACAUUCAAUAACACUUAUGCUAGUGCUAUGUGCUAGUUUCUAUCCUAAAUAUUUUGUAUGCAUCUAGUAAUGAUUAGGAAGAUAUGUCCUGAGAUGAAACUCUUUGUAUUUUCGUACUCAUGUGACAAUUUACUAGUUUAUGACUUUGGUCAGAUAACUUUAUAAUCUUUCUACAGUUAUUUCCUUCUAUGUAAAAAGCAGAGAGAAAGAGUAUGUCAUUCAAAGGGUUGUCGAAAAGAUUAAAUAAUUUAAAGCAUUGAGAACAUUACUUAUCACAUAGUCAUUGCUGAAUAAAUAGGCAUUAUAAGGAUUACAUACUGUCGUUGUUAUUAAAUAUCAGUUUCUUCAAGUUUCAAAACCUGUGAGAUGGGUACUAUUAUUAGAUACAAGGAAACUAGGGAAAAAGAGAUUAAACAAUCUUUCAGGCUGCAUAGGCAGAAAAUUAAGUUGUGUUAAGAUCAGAAUCCAGGUCUCUCUACUACAUAACCUGCAUUGUAAACUUCAAAGUUAAUGGCUUUUAGGAUAGAUCAUCUGCCAGAAUUCAGGACUUUCUGCACGCAGAGAGGAGAUAUAGGGAAAAACACAGCUGGUCUCUCUACCUUUUUCUUUUGGUAUUCUUCAUGAUUCAUGGUCUUCAGAAGCAGUAUAGACCAUUGUACAUUAAGUAAUACAGAUUGUACUCUGGGGAAUAAUUAGUCUCAUGUAGGCAAGAAACAAUCCACCUUCUCAUUUCUAAUUCAGAUUUGGCCAUAGCCUGAAAAUAAUAGUAACUCCAAGUUCCACUCAAAAAUGGAAUAGAUCAAUCAACCAGGUAGCCUGCAUAUCAUUAAGGACUUAAUUUGCUGGGACCAGGAGUCCACCUUUUUCAGUUAAAAUAAGACUAAUGCUUAGCAUAUCAAUAUUUAAGUGGAAUCUAUUUUUAUUAAUUAGGAUUUGAAGGUUGUCAGAAACUCACUGCAAAUCGUCAAUUACCUUGUACCUGGGAUGUCCCUUAUAACAGUAUCGCAUUAUAUAGCCAUAAAAAAUUCAGAAAUAAAGUGAAAUGUGCAGGAAAUUCUUUAUUUAAAAUUGAAAGAAUGAAAAUUAACCCUUAUUCUUUAAGAGACCUUAUCGUUAACUUCAUAUCUUUCUAGGUUUUAAAACUAUCAAAGAAUACUGUAGAUACCAGUUCUUUUUUGUUCUACCUAAUCCGAUUGAACCUACUUUAAAUAGCCAUAAUUGGUGAUUUUCCAGAUCAAAGGUCUUCCUCAGAUCAAUGAGCAGAGCUUGUCUAUAUUGAUUACCAGCCAUGCCUAUGAAAAUAUCAUUUGUUACCUCGGGAAUGAUAGUGGAAUGAAGAGGCUAACACCAAAUUGGAAAGAGAUCAAUGAAUUUCAUGUAGAUAAAAAUAAGCAUGUUACCUGAGAAGAGGACAUCAAUUUUCUAUGGACCCUGGACCAAACAGCAAAGGAAAAAAUUAUCUAGGCUUUCAGAUUCAGACAACUUUUAUUCCACAGCACUGUAAAAUAUCUUGUAACUGAAUAGAUGGCAUAAAAACAGCUAUGUGUCAGAGGUGCCAUAAAACCACGGACAAGACAGAGGAGAUCUAUGUAUGUAUAUAUAUAUACAUAUAUAUAUGGAGAGAGCAAGAGAGAGAGAGAGAUCCAUCUUAUAUACGGAGAGAGAUAAAGUCCUACGUUGGAUUAGCUGUCUGCAGAAUGUGAGCCAUUACCUCAGUUUCCCUCUAUCUCCUCUAGUCCUGAGGUCCCAGGUGGUAAACAAUACCAACUUUUCUUUCUCAUGAUGGUUUCCAGAAGUGAACAAAGGACAUCCAGAACACACUGUCUUCUUUGGAAACAUGAUUCCAGAGUUACUAGAAGAUGAAAAAUUUUAAAGAAAGAAUGAGAAUAUUCACAUUGGGGCAGAGAAAAGAAGAUAUGCCAGGAAGAAGGAAAAGCAUGUGAAAAGCUCGAAAUUGAAAAGGCAGCUGAAAUAACCAGAGAGAGAUAUUUUGAAACAGUUCAUUAUCUAAUUGGCCCUACCUUAUUGCCUGGAUAAGAAGGACUAAGAGAAUAACAGAAUGUGGCCCAAGAAAGACUCACUGACCCAGUACAGAAGAAAAGACAGAGAUCAGCUGAGAAACUUCAUUGUGAAAGAAUCACUACCACCACUGAGGGGACAAUGACACAGUUAGUUGUUCAACAUUGGAUUCUUCCACAACUUGAGAUUUGCAAUUUGGGCAAAGCUCAGUGAAGAUAACUCUUUUCUGUUCCACUUGACAUCAAUUGCAAAAGCUUGAAGGUUAAGAGCUGAAUUUAUCUGAAGACUUACUCAUUCGCAUGUAUAGUGGUUGAUACUGGCAGUCAGAUUUGGGCUAGCUCUUCAGCUCUUCCAUAAGAUAGUACACAGACUCCAUGACUUUCUUACCUCACCAUAAGGUAUUACAUUGUUCUGUUACCUUGAUGACACCAUGGACGUUCUACAGGCUCAAGGAAAAUACCACCAGGCAGAAACUUUGAUCUUCAGAAAGGAAUAAGUGUACCAAAAUGUGU